UAAUCAAAUUGUACAACAAACCAAUUACGUAAUUAAUGGUGGAAAGUUCAAACAUGGCCUUCUAUCUAGAGCCGUCAUUGCUACGCAACGCAACGAUUUCCGAGUUCUGAACGCCGUGGUGACUCAGUUUUGAAAUCGGUGUUCUGUGAAAGCCAUGGCUUCGAGCAGCUUGAGCCCCACGAAGCUCGAUUAUUUCGACGACAUGGGGAAGCUCCAGUCCAGAGCCAUAUUGCUAUCUUUAUCCAAAGGUGAAGAUGGACGAACCGCUUUGGUAUUGGACCGUACAAUUUUCCAUCCACAAGGUGGUGGCCAACCUGCCGACACAGGCUUCAUCGCCGUCGCAGAUUCCGGUCUCAAAUUCGUAGCAGAAGAUGUACGGUCCAAAGACGGCAUAGUUUACCACUACGGUUUUGUUGAAAAUUCUGUUGAGGAAAUGGAAUCAAAAUUUGAGAAAGGGAAAGAGGUGUUCUUGCGUGUUGAUGAGGCUAGGCGCAAGCUAAAUUCUAGGCUUCACUCAGCUGGGCAUUUGCUGGAUGCAUGUAUGAGAAAUGUGGGAUUGGGUGAUUUAGAGCCAACCAAAGGCUACCAUUUCCCUCAGGGGCCAUAUGUGGAAUACAAAGGCACCAUUCCACAAAAAGAUAUGGAAAUUAAGCAAAAGGAGUUGGAGCUAGAAGCUAAUGCAUUAAUCUCGAGAGGAGGGAAAGUUUCUGGUGCCUUGUUACCAUAUGAAGAAGCGUGUAAACUGUGUGGUGAUUUCCUUCCCGAUUACAUUCCCAAGGGCAGCACUCCUCGCAUUGUGAAGCUAGGGGACAGUCCUGGCUGUCCGUGUGGUGGUACCCAUGUUUCUGAUAUUUCAGAGAUCAAGAGUCUUACGGUUUCUCAAAUACGAACAAAGAAAGGAUCCACAAAGGUGUUCUACAAUGUUGGGUCCUAAUUCUUGGUCUAACAUUUUACACCCUCAUUAUUGAUACAAAGGUCUGGAACUUCUAAAAUGAACUUUCAAGAUUACAUAUUUUUGGAUAAGCUAGCUGUUGUGUGUUGAUAGUCAAGGCUUGUAUUUUGUUUGUGUUGUCCACGUGUACUCGGUAUUUAUAAUGAUGAUAAAUAUACAUAAAACUCAUCGUUUAUUUUAUGUGGAUAUUAAUGUGGAAGCCUCAAAUGGAUAAUAAGGUUUAAGGUACCAGAUAUGUAAAGAUGAAACCUUUGAUU